AUGCGCGCUGGCGCUGCGUCGGUUGCGUUCGAAAAGCCGUCGUCUGCCUCCGUAGCGGGGACCACGGCGACGGGGUCCCCGCCGCCGUCUGUUCCGAAGCCCGUGACAAUAGGCGCUGAAAAGACUCUUCCCCUCGUAUCCGCGGGUCCCCAUGACGUGGGCGAGGCUGGUCCGUCUGCCCCGGUUGUUGCUCCUCCUGCUCCGCCUGUCGCUCCUGUUCCCCCUGCUCCCGUUGUUGCGCCGGCGGCGCCUGCUCCUGCUGGGGGAGUUGCUGUUCCCCCUGUCCCUGUCCUUGGCGCCCCCGUUGCACCUGCCGUUUCUGUCCCCGGCGGGCUUGCGCCGGCGUCUGUUUCUUCCCCGAAGGCGGCGUCCGCCACCACUGUCGGCCCGGCUCCGAUGGUUGCGCCACCGGGCGUGGACCAGCCUGCUCCCGCUCCGCUGCCGGCGGCCCCUGCAGUGCAGCCGAGUCGUCCCCCGUCGCCGGACCGCCGACUAUCACGCCCCCAUUCUCCUGCACCCCAGCAGGAGCGCGAGUCGUCGCAGCGUCGGCGCAACUCUCCCCGGCGCUACCAGCAGCAGGCCCAGUGGCCUGCUCACCCUGGUGGCAAUGGGGGCUGGAGGGGCCCCCAUGGGCGUGGUGGUGGCGGGAGAUUCCGUCCGCCUGUGACAAUGGCGGAUCUCCAGCGGGAGGUGUCACGGGCCGUGCGCGAGGAGAGGGCGGCGCAGAGUCAGACCAGUUCGCUGCGGGCCGUGCCUGCGCCCGUGGCUCCUCGUCUGGCUGAGCCUCCUGUGGCCCCUCCGCCAGCUGCUGCAUUUCCUCCUCCUGUCCUCGCCCCAUCGGCUCUUUCUCCUUCUGUCUCGGCGCCUGCUCCCGGCUCUCGUCUGCAUUUGCCACCGGUUCCGCCUGUUGCGGGGGUGGAGUUUGUUGCUGCGGGGGGUGGCGCUGCGGCUCGGCAUUCCCACCACGUUGCUGCUGAUGAGCCGCUGCUGUUUCUGACGGAGGCGCUGCAGCCCCCGCAGACGCGUGUUCCAGAGGCGACACUAGGCCGGCUCCACCGUCUCGCGGAGAGCCUCCACGCGUUGCUGCUGAUUCAAGUUCUCGCUCAUUCGUCUCUCCCCGUGAUUCCUCCGGAGACUUUCCGCGGCCGCCAGCGUGACACGUGUAUGGACGCGACGGACCAGCUCGCUUCGUUGCUGGCGCCCGUGUUGGCUGCGCCCGCGGAGGGUGGCGCUGCUGCUGCAGGACAGCUUGACGAGGCUGUCCGGGGCCUGAGGCGGCAUUUACGCGCAGGAUCUGGAGCCGCGGCGAUCGGCGCAAGCACGCUUGUGGUCCGGGAGCUGAAAUGUUCGCGGGGUGUUGCUGAUCCCCCGGUUCUUCUCCCUGGCGCGCCCGUUGCACCGCCUGCUUCUGUCCCCGACGCGCCUAUUCCGGCUUCUGUUUCGUCGCCGAAGGCGGCGUCCGCCACCACUGGCGGCCCGGCUCCGUCGGUUGCGCCCCCAGCGGCGGGCCAGUCUGCGCCUGCGGCGAUACCGGCGGCCCUGGCAGGUCAGCCGUCACGCCCCCCGUCGCCUGACCGCCGCCCUUCUCGCACCCAUUCCCCCGCGCACCAUCAGGAGCGCGCGACGUCUCGGCGCCGGCGAGACUCUCCACGGCGCUACCAACAGCAAACUCACUGGCCUGCCCAACCCGGCGGUCAGGGGGACUGGAGGGGUCACCGCGGGCGUGGCGGUGGUGGGGGGUACCGCCCGCCUGUGACGAUGGCGGACCUACAGCGGGAAGUCUCGAGGGCGGUGCGUGAGGAGAGGGCGGCGCAGAGCCAGAGUAGUUCGAUGCGCGCCUCGCCCGCCCUUGAGGUUCCUCGACAGGCUGUGCUCCCCGUGAGUCCGCCGCCUGUCGCCGCACCCCCGCCUCCGGUUCACUUCCCGCCGGCUCCUGCUCCCGCCGCCUCGGCACCUCCCCCCGGUUCCCGUCUUCAUCUGCCGCCGGUUCCGCCUGUUGCGGGAGUGGAGUUUGUUGCUGCGGGUGGUGGCUCGUCGGCGCAGUAUUCUCACCAUGUUGCUGCGGAAGAGCCGCUUCUGUUCCUGACGGAGGCACUUCAGCCUCCGCAGACGCGUGUUCCUGAGGCGACACUUGGCCAGCUCCACCGACUCGCGGAGAGUCUCCACGCGUUGCUGCUGAUUCAAAUACUUUCUCACUCGUCCCUCCUCGUGAUUCCUCCUGAGACUUUCCGCGGCCGCCAGCGUGACACGUGCUUGGACGCGGCGGACCAGCUCGCAGCGUUGCUGGCGCCCGUGUUGGCUGCGCCCGCGGAGGGUGGCGCUGCUGCUGCGGGACAGCUUGACGAGGCUGUCCGGGGCUUGAGGCGGCACUUGCGCGCAGGAUCUGGAGCCGCGGCGAUCGGCGCGAGCACGCUUGUGGUCCGGGAGCUGUGGCGCACCCUGACGGGCGUUCUUCACGCCCUUGGAGCUCACCGCAUGUAG